AUGUUCUCUCUCAGAUCUUCGCAGCCCACGCAGGCUAUUCUGCGCGCUGCCACUUCCACUAGCCGCCCGUCUUAUGUUGCAACGAGGUCUAUGGCCACGGUUCAGUCCGAUAUCUUCAAGCCCACAAAGUACGGCGGCAAGUACACAGUGACUUUGAUUCCAGGUGACGGAAUUGGAGCCGAGGUCGCUGAAUCAGUAAAGACUAUCUUCAAGGCAGACAACGUCCCCAUUGAAUGGGAACAGGUCGAUGUUAGCGGUGUGGACACUGGAAACAAACACUCCGAAGAACUUUUCAGAGAAUCAAUUGCCUCUCUGCGACGCAACAAGUUGGGUCUCAAGGGUAUCCUUCACACUCCCGUUGAGCGCUCCGGACACCAAUCUUUCAACGUCGCUUUGCGCCAGGAGCUUGAUAUCUAUGCCUCUGUUGUCCUUAUUAAGAACAUUCCCGGUUACAAGACCCGACACGAGAAUGUCGACCUUUGCAUUAUCCGUGAGAACACCGAGGGUGAGUACUCGGGUCUCGAGCAUCAGUCCGUCCAGGGUGUCGUCGAGUCUCUCAAGAUCAUCACCCGCGCCAAGUCUGAGCGUAUUGCCAAAUUUGCUUGUAGCUUCGCUUUGGCAAACAACCGCAAGAAGAUUACUUGCAUUCACAAGGCCAACAUCAUGAAAUUGGCCGACGGUCUUUUCCGCAACACUUUCAAGAAGGUCGCCGAGAGCUACCCUACUUUGGAAACCAACGACAUGAUCGUUGACAACGCUUCUAUGCAAGCUGUCUCUCGCCCCCAGCAGUUCGACGUUAUGGUCAUGCCCAACUUGUACGGUGGUAUCUUGUCCAACAUUGGUGCUGCCCUCGUUGGUGGCCCUGGUAUUGUCCCCGGUUGCAACAUGGGCCGUGAAGUCGCUGUCUUCGAGCCUGGUUGCCGUCACGUCGGUCUUGACAUCAAAGGAAAGGACCAGGCUAACCCCACUGCUUUGAUCCUUUCCGGCUCUAUGCUCCUCCGUCACCUUGGUUUGGAUGAACAUGCCAACAGAAUCUCCAAGGCUGUUUAUGACGUUAUUGGUGAAGGAAAAAUAAGAACCCGUGAUAUGGGUGGUGUUGCCACAACCCACGAAUUCACUCGGGCUGUCUUGGAUAAGAUGGAGGCUUCUUUCUAA